AUGGCCUCCUCUGCCCGUCAGUUUGCCCGCGUGGCAACCCGCACCACUACCCGCUCCUUCGCUGCUGCUCCUCGACAGGCUUUCCGCCAGCAGGGCCGCCGCUUCUACUCCUCUGAGCCCGAGAAGAAGUCCAACCCCGUUGUCUACCUCGGUCUCGCUGCCGCCACCGCUGGUCUGGGUAUCUGGUACUUCACCUCUGGUGCCUCUGCCUCUUCCAGCAGCUUCGUUCCCACCCAGGCCGACUACCAGCAGGUCUACAACGACAUCGCCAGCCGUCUGGAGGUCGAGGAUUAUGAUGAUGGCAGCUAUGGCCCCGUGCUGGUGCGUCUCGCAUGGCACUGCAGCGGUACCUACGACAAGGAGACCAAGACCGGUGGUAGCAAUGGUGCCACUAUGCGAUUCGCUCCCGAGAGCGGACACGGUGCCAACGCUGGUCUGAUUGCUGCUCGUGACUUCCUCGAGCCUAUCAAGGCCAAGUACCCCUGGAUCACCUACUCCGAUCUCUGGAUCCUUGGCGGUGUCUGCGCCGUCCAGGAGAUGCUGGGACCCGUCGUGCCUUACCGACCUGGCCGUCGCGAUAACGACGCUGCUGCCUGCACCCCCGAUGGCCGUCUGCCCGACGCCAGCCAGGGCCCCAAGCACCUGCGUGACAUCUUCUACCGCAUGGGUUUCGAUGACCGAGAGAUUGUCGCCCUUAGCGGUGGCCACGCCAUUGGCCGAUGCCACUCCAACCGAUCUGGCUACGAGGGUCCUUGGACUUUCUCUCCUACCGUUGUGACCAACGACUUCUACCGCCUCCUUCUUGAGGAGAAGUGGCCCCAGAAGAAGUGGGACGGCCCCAAGCAGUUCGAGGACAAGACCACCAAGACCCUCAUGAUGCUUCCCACCGAUCUUGCUCUGGUCCAGGACAAGGCUUUCAAGCCUUGGGUUGAGAAAUACGCUGCCGACAACGACCUGUUCUUCAAGGACUUCUCUGGCGUUCUCGUCAAGCUGUUCGAGCUCGGUGUCCCUUUCGCUGAGGGCAGCGAGAACAACCGAUGGACCUUCAAGGCCACCAACGCUUAA